UCAAAAUUCUCAAUUUUCUCCUGCGCUUGUGUAUUGUUUUCCUACGGUCGUCGUCGGCUAGCUCUCCUGUUUCCCCCCCGAGUCAAAAUCCACAAGCCGAACGCGCACAGCAAAAUUUAUCAUUUCUUUUUUUUUCAAAAUAAUAACAAAAAAAAAUAAUAAUAUAAACGAUACAAGGAAUAAUUCACAAUAUCGACGUGUGUUAAACUAUAUAGGAGUGCGUGAUAUAAAUUGAAAAAAAACACCGGACCAAUAACAAGUUGGGGGGGGUCUCUUGAUGUUUCAUUGAGCGCUCCUCCAUUACCAAAGCUUGUCCGGCACUCGUGUUUCUCGACCGGCCUUCUUAACAACCAAAUACCCAUCGAGAAUCGAGGAAUUCGUGAAUUUGCUUUUGCAAAAACGGCGUGCACUUACGAAGGCACCAGAGUUAUGGCAUCUGGGGCAGGAUCCAGUGGCACUGGAAGAGGACGCGGUUCAUCUUUGGCAGAUAACAAGCCUGAAAACAAAGAGGCUAAGCCAAAUCCAAAGAUGUCAAAAGCUUUAGGAACGUCAGCUAAAAGGAUACAGAAGGAAUUGGCAGAAAUUACAUUAGAUCCACCUCCAAACUGCAGUGCGGGACCUAAAGGAGAUAAUUUGUACGAAUGGGUUUCGACGAUUUUAGGCCCACCUGGAUCAGUAUACGAAGGCGGUGUCUUCUUUUUAGAUAUUCAUUUUUCACCUGAAUAUCCCUUCAAACCCCCUAAGGUCACAUUUCGAACACGUAUUUAUCACUGCAAUAUAAAUAGCCAAGGAGUGAUAUGUUUAGACAUCUUGAAAGACAAUUGGUCUCCUGCUCUAACUAUUUCAAAGGUGCUGCUUUCAAUUUGCUCACUUCUCACGGAUUGUAAUCCAGCUGAUCCUCUUGUGGGUAGUAUAGCAACGCAAUAUCUUCAAAAUAGAGAAGAACACGAUCGCAUAGCUCGUCUUUGGACUAAACGUUACGCGACAUGAGCGAGCAGACAAGUUCCUCUUAAUUCCCGUCAGACUCGUGCAAAUUUUUUAUCCGAUAAUUUCCUCCAUCAAAA